AUGCUGGAGAACGAUCAUGCGACUCACGAGUCUCCAUUACAAGCUAUGGAUACAGACGUGGAUGGGGGAGAUGAUACACAAGCAUCAGGCGACCGAGCGGAACAGACUGCUGCAGGCUCAGGGCAAGUGCAAUGCUCAGUUUGUAGUAGUACAUUUCGUCGACCUGAACAUUUGAAGCGCCAUUUGCGCAGUCAUACAAAGGAGAAGCCAUUUGAAUGCGCUCAAUGUGGCCGACAUUUUUCAAGAACAGAUACCCUCCAUCGUCAUGAACUCAGUCAUCAUAAUCCAGGAACAGAGGGCGGCAAAGACCGCACUCACCGCAUAACUGUCAAGACAUUCCGGGCAUGCUUUAGUUGUGCCACAGCUAGAGUCAGAUGCAGUGGCGGUAUGCCGUGUGGACGGUGUGAAGCCCGUACGCUCGAAUGUCAAUAUCCUACCGAGCGGCGAUCGAAAGCAAGGGCCCGAGAUGGUGUGCGCGCACUGUCCAGUACAGACGCUCAUGGACCGGAUCCUCCUUCGCCUCGUGGCGCUUCACGACCUAGCAGAGCUAAUACUAGGUCAUCUCGACUGGAGCAAGCGCCAUACCAGCUUGUUCAAUUCUCGGUCAAUGGCCUGAACGACCCGCAACCGUCUCCCAAAGCCUCGACUAUCGCCUUUUCCAAUGCAGGUCAAAAUGUCACGGAAACACCAUCAGACGGCAGAGGGUCUAUUUCAGGGCCUACAGACCCUCAACUAUACCUAACGUCCUCCAUCCCUGAUCUAUCUGUAGGAUCGCUACCCCUCACGGUCUACUCGAAUGGAGAUUCCCACGCACAGUAUAAUGGAAUCGCAAACACGGACUCCGAAAUACGAAAGAUAUUUUCCGGUGAAACACCCGCUAGCCUGGAUCCUGAGAUCAGAAAUAUUCAACCCAGAAUAUCAAGCUCGGAGGUGGACAUAGCCAUGGACAUGGGAGUAAACCCAGAUAUUGGGUUGGACUUUGAUCCUUCAUUCUUCGAUCCAUCCAUGCUUUCUACCAUCAACUGGCUUCCCAAUGAAUUAUUCGCCGGGCCCACAAGUGACCAAGGCCCAUCAUCUAGGGCCCCUUCACAAUUCUCCCAACCUGCUCCUCCUGACAACUUUACUUUCCCAAUGCCUUGGCAACCGCCGGUUAUUCGUAGCAAUCAAAUUAGCCCAUCGGGCCCUGAUAAUAUUCCCCAGACACCAUCUGGAGAUAUGUCUAUGGGAACCGACUCAGUGAGCCCUCGUCGAUAUUCGCAUGUCCCUAGCGAUUCAUCCCCUCAUUCAGAAUCCGUUGAUUCCACAAAGCGCUCGGCAGACUACUACGUUGAUGGGGGUGGAGCCCGUCUACCCAAAUACAGAAAGAAACACAAUAUCUGGUCAACUUCAUCCGCAGAAGUAGCUUCAACUACCGACUCGCUUCAGGAGACCACCUCGCCACGAUUCAAUUUCCCCAGCACACAUAACUUGGGUAUGGAAAAUUUCUCUGAUGAAGUGAGAUAUGCUGUCCGACCGAUCGAGUCCACUAUCUACAAUGAGAUUUACAACAACUUUCUUCUCCUUUGCCGAAAGGAGAAUCCAUUUUUUGAAUCAUAUGAGUCUGAUAACUUCCCAUCUGCAGAGGAUUGCAGUCGAUACAUUGUCUGCUUCUUUGACUCAUUUCAAGCUGUAUACCCCAUACUACAUCUUCCUUCGUUCAAUCCCAACAAAUGUUACUGGCUAUUGACCUUGGCUGUUGUUGCCAUUGGUUGCCACAGUUCAAAUGACCCGGCAGCAGAUCAACUUACAGCCGCCUUCCAUGAGAUGAUUCGACGGGCUCUUCAUAUUCAGAAAGAAAAAUAUCGCUCUGGUCAAGAUUCCCUUGCUGUAAUUCAAGUUCUAUUUCUCAACUGUGUUGGACUUCUUCACAGCGGAAGUGAGCGAGCAAAAACAUCCGCAUUGAGCACCUUUAAAGAUCUGGUGACUCUCAUGAAUUAUGAAAAAUUAUUGCAUCGUCCAAAGAAAACAGCUGCUAGAAACGAAUUCUCCGAUGAUAUCAUGUGGCAGAGUUGGGUUCAGGAUGAGAUUCGGAGACGAACAGGCUACUGCAUUUGGCUUCUGGAUUGCACCAUUGCCUAUUACUUCGAAGACCGUCCACUUCUCUCCCUUGAUGAUGGACAAGCGCCGUUACCUGCACAUGAGAAGUUGUGGCACGCAAACUCCGCAGAGGCAUGGAAACAGCUGUGGGAGAAUACGAACGACUCACAUUCUCCUUCUCAUUCUCAUUCUCAAACCUCAUCACAAGUCUUGUCAUAUCCAAUCAACCAAUCUUUAUACGAUUCAGUGCAUAUACUAUAUAUCGAGAAGAGAUUGGCCUCUGGAAUUGGUGAAUUCAGCCACAUCCUCCUGAUCCACGCACUAUACCAUCGAAUGUGGGAAGUAAGCGACUACUUCCGCCGCCCGCUCUCUUUCUGGAAUCCAACCGCGCGGAAGCAAUCUUGUGAAACUGCUAUUCCGACCGGCUCGGUUUGGCUACCAGGAAUCCCAUCGUAUUCCAAAUGGCGCAACAGCGCCUGUGAUUGCCUCGAUAUUCUUCACUGGACUGCUAAUAGUACAAUAGCCAAAGCUGCUGGGCUGGAACAUCCAACUGUUCUUCACCUUCAUGCUGCACGCCUGAUUUUACUUGCUCCGUUUCGUGAAAUUCGCUCGCUUGCCACUUCCCUAGCAACUAACAAGCUGCGAUGGAGUAAACGAACCCACGCUCUUGAAUGGCAAUACAUCUGGCGCUGGAUUCGCCAUGAUCAAUACAAAGCACGUUUAUCCAUUAUUCAUGCUGGGGUUACUCUUUGGCAUGUCCGAAGAUACUCCACAAACGCAUUCCAUGAGCCAAUGGCCGUCUUUCUGGCUGUGUUGACACUGUGGGCAUAUGGGUCUUACCAUACUCAUGCGCCUACAGAACAAAGCCCCAACGCCCCGAGUUCUCGACUCGACUCUGCACAAGAGCCCAGUUUUAUUCAUUUAGAUCGUCCAUGUGACGACGAGCUAGUCCAACUUUUUGUGAGAGAGGGACAUUCGAUGAGAGGGAAUGUCACUGGUGUAGGAGAUAUCUGUGCCCCCGAGGGUCCAGAGCGAGUCCUACGGGUUGGCUGCGAGACACUGUCUAGCUUGACAGCAUGGGGCCAAUCAAAGAAAUUUGCCUCGGUUUUGAGUCGCUUGGCUGAUCUAGCCUCGCUCAACUCAGGUGGGGAGCAGAACAGCACGGACAAGGCGGGCCAAAAUUGA